UUAAAUGGCUAGUUUUUGUCAUUGCUAUUCAACACUGCCUUUUGAUACGUCGGAUUAUUACCCUAGGGCUACAGCUAUUCAGGGUAGCUUAAGUAAAUAUAAAGAUACAUAUUCUUUACUGCAGAUGCCACAGCGCUCGCCAACCUUUUCUCGUUAAACUUCGAACGUAGAAUACCAUUUCAGUAAACCCAAGACAUUUUCUUUUUUAAUAUAAUUAUCUAUAACCAUGCCUCUCCCUUCCGACGAAAAGGUCGUUCAGACCAGUAAUGCCAUAGUUAGCACACUCCAUGAUAUCUUCGGGCCACACCCUGGAUUCCGACCUGCACACGCAAAAGGAGUCUUACUAAACGGCACCUUCACCCCCACCGAGGAAGCCAAAGCUCUCUCGAAAGCACCUCACUUCAACAACCCCUCGACCCCCAUCAUAGCACGCUUCUCCAGCUCCACCGGGAUCCCAGAACUGCCGGACACGGAUCCCAACGGCAACCCUCGCGGCUUCGCCAUCCGCUUCCUGCUAGCCGAGACCCCCCGCCGCGUGCACACGGACAUCAUCACGCACUCGGUCGACGGCUUCCCCGGCUCCAACGGGCAGGACGCGCUGGACUUCUUCACCGCGGUGAGGGACGGUUCCCUCGAGACCUACCUAGCCUCGCACCCCCAAGCCCGGGCCUUCGUCGACCUCCCGAAGCCCACGCCCGUAAGCUUCGGCAGGGAGAAGUACUUCGGCGUGAACGCGUUCAAGUUCGUCUCCGCCGGCGGGAAGGAGACGUAUAUCCGGUACCGCGUUGUCCCGGCCUCCUCUGCCGGCGGGGAAGCAUACCUCGACGAAGCCGCGCUCAAGGACAAAAGCCCGACGUUCCUAUACGACGACGUCCCGGAGCUGCUCGAGUCCGGACCCAUCAUGUUCAAGCUGAAUGCGCAGAUCGCGGAGGACGGGGACGUGACUGAUGAUAACACCGCCAAGUGGCCGGAAGACCGACGGGUCGUCGAGCUCGGCACGAUCAAGUUGGAGUCCGUCGCAGAUGACCAGGCCGCGCAGCAGAAGCAGAUCAUCUUCGACCCUAUCCCGAGGGUCGACGGGGUCGAAGCAUCGGCAGAUCCGUUGUUGGAGGUUCGCGCUGGGAUUUAUCUGAUAAGUGGUCGUGAGAGGCGUGCUGCGUGAAGAUCCAAAUAACCUGCCUGUGUCUUUAUAGCUAACCUGUGUUACCCGUAACCUCAGACAGUAAGCUUACAUUUCUUCGCGGAAAGACAAAACUUGUUCCCUUACCUUUUCAUUUUGAUCCGUGACAAUGUUAAUUGCCGAACAGGAAUAGCC